AAUACAUCACUAACCAUAUCAACAACUAUGGUAAUUUUGGAACAAGACAAGGAGCACCAAUAAGUGAUCAUUUAUAUAUUCGGAAUAUUUUAUGAGUGUCAUUGUGUUGUUUUUCAAGGAAUAUUUUCGUUUUUAGGAUAUAUUGUUUUCGUAUGUGAAAUGUAGAUGUGUUUUGGAUUUAACGAUUUCUGCUGAUUGUGCAUUUUAAGAAUAUUUUUCAAAGAUAUUACAUGUAGAAGAAAAGUCUAUAAUUGUCAGAACAGACAUGUGACCAAACUAGAUAAUGACCAGGUGGCGGUAUGUGGUCAGUACAGCCUUUGCAUUUCUUUUUCUCACAGAUAUCAUAAGAAUAUCAUAUUGCCAGUUUCCGAAUGGACCAAGACAAUUUGACCCCAUUAAAAACUUUCGAAAUAUACCGGAUAUUCCAAGAUUUCGCGGAAAUGCAAGGAUUGGAAAUUUUCAGAGAACAAAUUUAAAUGUUGUGCAACAAAACAAUCUCCGAUUCCAACAACAACAGCUUGAACAGAGACUUUUAGACAGACGAGAAGCGGAAGCAUCUGAAUCUGAUCGCGGUUAUACAGGUGGAAACAAUGUACAGUCUCAGUUUCCAAAUACGGGAUUUUGCCGUGAUGGUUGGACAGAAGCAUCGCUAGAUGGCGUUGCUAUAUGUAUUCGUGUAAAUACAGAGCCAUCAAAAUGGGAUGAUGCUCAAGAAAAAUGUAGACAGGAUUAUUCAUUUUUGUUAAAACUAGAAGUCCCAAUCAAAGUACAAUCAAAAUCUAUUGAAGAUCAUCUCCUAUCACUUGGUAUAAAAAAUGUGUGGACUGGUUUACAUUCGGAGCAUACUCAUUUAGUUUGGGAUGGCAUCAGUCCCAGUUUAGUGAAGAGUGAGUCCAGGUUUGAGAAAUCUCCAUGGAAAUUCGACAAAAACUUAGUACACAAUGGAAAUCAACUUUGUGGAGAAAUUGACAUCCAAAAUAACUCCCACAUAGUAGAAACUAAACGUAAAAAGCGUUCUGUUGGAGAGAACCGAGAAAAGCGAGCACCAGAAGAGAAAAAGAAUCGUAACCGGUUUCCUAGUUUUUAUCCAUCUCCAACACCAACCCCAAGUUCUAAUGAAAAUAUUAAUAGCAAUUUUCAAAAAGAAUUUUCAAAGCUUAACAUUGUAGAUAGACUAAGAACGUUAAACAAUGCACGUAGAAUUAUCAAUUUUGCCAACAACAGAAACCAAGGAUUUUCAAAUCCUCACAACAAUCCGAUAUUUAACCAAGGCCAAGUGCAAAAUAAGAGGUAUGGAAACUCACAAAGAAUUAGAAUCAACCAGAAGUUCAAGGGACCUUCAGUAUCACCAAACAAUUUCAGACCCGUCAAUAACCAAAGAUAUUUAAACUUAUUGAAAAUGUUACGCAGCGGUUCAACACAAAUACAACAAGAUAACAACAAUGAGAAUUCAGACAAAAUAAACGUGAUGAAUCAAGACAAAAAUCUUAACGAAAACUCACCAACAACCAUUAAACCACCAGAGGAAAAGGAUCAAACUGGGAAUAAAAAUACGGAAAGCCUUCAAAAGAUAGGGGAUCUAUUUAACAAACCUAAAACUGGCGACGAUGAUGAUUCAAAACUUAAAUUUGAUAAACUCAAAGAAAAAAUAAUGACUACUUCUGAAAAUUUGCAAUUUGUCUCCAAUCUUAAUUCUGAAAUCAGACCGACCAUGGAGACCAUUUUUAAUACCAUUAAGAAAAGUGCUGAUACAGAUAACAAAAAUCCACUUAUUGGAUUGUUAGAAGCCAACACUGGAUCAGAAAAGAAGAAAACAUCUAUUAGUGAUGUAUUCGAAAAAAUAUUAAGUGAAGACAAACCUAAAAUAGACAUGGAAAACGAUAAUAAGAAUAACCUCGGUUUAAUUGAUUUUGGCUUCGGUAUGCCUUUAGCUGUAUCGAAACAAGAUCCAUCUAGAAGAAUAAAUAUAAACAAAUUACCGAAUCAACCGUUAUCAGUUAUACCUACGACCCAAGUACCAGACAAUGAAGCAAGUAUUACCAAAGCUAAAGAUGAAGAUGAAAAGAAAACUACAGACUCAAAUUUAAGACCUGACGAAACGAAUUUUAACCCGAUUUCGAAUCCACCAUUGACCAUCGUUAAGCCCAACAUACCGUCGAUAUCUCAAGAUCCAAAUCAUAUUGCUGGUGAUCAGGAAAUACAUGACACAAGUAUACUAGUAGAUACAAUAGAAAAAAAUAUCGGUAAAGAUGAAAGUGAUAUUGCAUCUAAAGCUGAGCAGAACCAAAUUGGAGUUGAUAUUACAAAUAGUCUGCCUGUUGACCAAAGAAAAAAAAACGAUGUAAAACAAAGCACUGCAAAUAUGGGUAUAAAAAUCUCAUCAAAGGAAAAUUUAGAAGACGAAAUUUGGCCACUACCAAACGAAAAUCUAGGCAUUAUUCAAAAGGAUCAAAAACUAGACAGUAAAGUAAAUGCCAAGACAAAUGAGCAUUUACCGUCGGACAUAAAUAUUGACAAGGCAUUAUCAGAUAUAGACAUAGUUCUUGCACAGGAUGAUAGUCAUAGCAUGGUUGUCACAAGUCCACCACAUCCGAUUCUGAAGGAUGUUAGAACCGAUAGUAAAAGUGAUAAUACUGAUGAAAACAUACCCGAGUCUGGAUCUAUCGUGAAACAGUUGCAAAGGAAUGGAGCUGCAAAAGGAAAGACAGAUGAUGCAAAAUCUAGUCAUAUCAAAGGACAGGAAGAGGACGUUAACGAUAUGCUUCUUAACAUUUUAGACGGAAUUGACAGUCAUACGGAUGUGAAUCUGAACGAUGGAACUUCCAUUGAACGACUCCGGAAAAACUUAGAAAGAAAAUUUAUAAAGGCCGAUAACUCACAACAAAAGAAUACUAAAUCAAUGGAGACUGCUACUGAAGCUAGUAUUACACACGAGACACCUGUAUCUAAAGAUAGUAUUGUCACUGAGACAGAUGUAAAGGCUUUAUCUAAUGAUGGUUUGAUAUUACAGACAUCACAUGAAGAAACAACAGAUGAUAAAGUAGAAAAUAAAAAUGGAGCAAAUAUGAACAAAAAUCUCUAUGGCAAGAUAAUCGACGAGAAAUUUGGUGGAAAUGUUGGAAACAUCCUUAAAAUACUUAAUAAAAUGAGUGAAACAAAACCAACUGAAGUACCAGAUCAUAAUGUUUUUGGUAGUAGCGUUGUUCAAAACAUGAUGACAAAUGACAGGGAGGCUGCAAGUAUAGCAUACUCAACGACACCUUCGAAACCAAAGAAAAUUCAUGACGGUCAAAUGAUACUGCCAACAGCAGAAUCAAAAGCAGAAGAAAGCAGUAAAAUUUCUCAAGAUGUAAAAACGGCAUCAGAAGGUAUUGUGAUCAUUGAGAAUAAAUUAAAUGAAGACAUAAGCGCAUCGGACACCAGUGUGUCUGCAGAUGACAGUGAUGCUCCUGUAAAUGAGAUACUUAUACCGAUUGAUGAUACGAUAAGUUCAGAAGGUGAUACAACUGUCAUAUUAAACAUUCCAGACGAAAUGCUGGUUGAGUCUUCAAAUCCAGAUUUGGACGACAAAACAAAAGUUUUAAGUGCUGGUGAUUUUGAUGAUAUGAAUGUUGAUGUAGAUGAUAAAUCACUGAAUUUGGAAGAGAUAUCAAUCAAACCUGUUGAAAUAAGUCUGCAAUCUUCUGGGUCUGUAGAUUCAAUAUCAGUGAAUGAUGAGAAUAAGUCAGAACUAGGGACAAGUAGAACAUUAUCAGAUGACGAUAUUGAUGGCACUAAUAAACAGGUACCAUCAGUAGACGGUAUCACGGUUACUAAAACAGAUGAUAAAACUAGUGAAAAAAGUGAAAACAUUUUCACAGAAGAGGCAACACAAUCGGAGGAUAGUAAUGAAGACGAUACCAUUACACAAACCCCAUCUGACAGUGAUGAUUUUCUCGUAGAGAUUGAUGAAGUGCCUCCCGCCAAUAGCAGCAAACUUGCAUUAGAAGAGAGUUAUUCAACUUCCUUGGAACAAAUUGGUGAUGUUGACAACAAGGAAAACAGAGAUAUAAUAGAGAAAACUCAAGACAUAAUCGAAAAUAUUCAAGACUCUUUUGAAGCAAUUCAAAGUUCGAACGAUGGAGAAAUCAAAAAAUCGUCAGAGGGUAGGGUGGCAGUAACAAUUGUUCCCGAACUUUAUGAAGACGUUAUUGAAAAAAUUGGAGAUAUGACAGACAAUAUGAAAGAAAGAACUAACGAUAUAGCAGACGAAACCAACGAAACUUUCGAGAAUGACUCAGAAUAUGACAUAUAUAGCACAGAGGAAGAGAGGCUUUCUGAAGAAAUUGCAUCAAAUGAAAACGUAACUUCUGACAAAUACUUAUCUGACGAACUUGACUUGAAUGAAACCAAUGAUAUUUCUGGCGAAUAUUUGUCUGAUGAGGGUGACUUAAAUGAAACCAAUGAUAUUUCUGGCGAAUAUUUGUCUGAUGAACGUGACUCAAAUGAAACCGAUGAUAUUUCCAGCGAAUAUUUUUCUGAUGAGAGUGACUUAAAUGAAACAGGUGAUUUUUCUGACGAAUAUUUGUCAGAUGAACGUGACUCAAAUGAAACUAAUGAUAUUUCCGGCCCAUAUUGGUCUGAUGAGAGUGACUUAAAUGAAACAGGUGAUUUUUCUGACGAACAUUUGUCAGAUGAACUUGACUUAAAUGGAACAAAUGAUAUUGAGAUUUUAAAUGGCGAACACGAUAUGGAAGAUAUCUUACAGGACACAUCUGAUGACAUAAGUGAAAUCAGUGAUAAUCAAAAUGACAAGUUCGACGAGCAGUUCAAUGAUACAGAUGAAAUUCCAGGUGAUGAUUUAGACGUAAAUGUAGACGAAAAAGAUAAUGUAGCGAAGGAAAUCAUCAGCGAGAGUGACGAGCUAUCACAGGAAGUUAGUAGUCAAACAGAUGAAAACAUUUCAGAUGAUAUACUUAAUCAACUGUCCAAUUCAACAUCCAUAGAUGUCGAUGAAAGCUUUGAAAAUACUACCGAUAGUUACGAUUCAAGUGAUGAAAUACUUGUUAGCGAGGCUGCCGCACAGGACGACGCAAUACAUCAGCGUGAAUUUCGUGAUCUUGACCCGGAAGAAGAUGUAGAGGAGUUCGUCCCUCCAGAAGAUAUAGUAGAACAUAUACCAAAACGAUCUGAAAACAUAGAAGAUACAAAAAAUCUGAUUAUGCGUCUUGGAAGUUGUGAAAAGCCAAAACCAUCAGUGUGUUUCACACAGCCAAUAACAGUGGAUACAACAGUAUCUAUGUGUGGAAUUGGCUGGUACGGAAAUGUUUUUGUUGACAAGUGUUUCCGGUACAUAUCAGAAGCAAUGACAUUUACCUUUGCCAGGGAUACUUGUAUUCAGGAAGGGGGACAACUCGCAAGUGUUGACAACAGCUUUCUACGUAGAUUUAUAUUAACAUCAGUAGCACUAGCAAGAUACAAUUCUAACAUUCAAAGUAACAUUAUAAAUGUUUGGAUUCAUAGUGAGACUAAAAGUAAUCAGUGUCGUCAGUUAAAUAACAUAGGAGUGCAGAAUGCUAACUGUUUGACGUUAGCUGAAGCAGUAUGUGAAAGACCAAAGCAACAAAUAAAACCAUUCAAUGAAGGUGACCUUACUGACCACGACUUUGAAUAUGUUCAACCAGAGGUCAAACAGUUUAAGAUGGAAAGCGCUGAUAACAAAUUGGAAUGUCCUCUUAAUAAUGAACAUCCUGAACUGCCUGUUAUGUGGUAUAAGGAUGGCAUCCCUCUAACACCAAAGUUGACAAAAGAAUCAAAGAGUAUCACAUUCCCUUCACUCUCAAAUAUAGAUGCCACUUUGACGUCAGAUCUGUACCUUACGACAGACCUUUCACGGUCACUAGAUUUCAACGAUUCAAACGACACAAUGGAAAUACUUCAAGGAAGAUAUUGGUGUGAAGUAUGGACAAGCAACCCAUUUAAACGUCUAGAAUCCAAGCCAACACUCAUAAGAUACUCUGAUGUUAUGUCGUUUGUUGGUUUCCUGAAUAUACAUCCGCUAACGGUGUAUGAACGAACUGUUUACAACAUGAUGAAUGAAAAAUCACUAGCAAUCCUAAAUGUGGUGAAGGAUCUACAGACGAUACAUGACAGCAUCUUGUCAGAUAUUCAAUUGAUUGUUCCUGAAGUUGUAACAAUUAAAGUCAAACCAGAUUUUGUUGAAAGUGGGAAGCAACAAAGGCUGAAAUUUUACACACAUGUUACCAUGUCCACAACCUAUACAAUGGCAACAGAAAGAUCAAUUAACGUACAUUUAAGGAGCGAACUAAAGGAGAAUUUACAGAACACGUCAUUUAUGCUGUCCCUUCCAGGAAGAACACCAAUUCAUCAAGCCAGGUCAUUAAAGUUCUACAGCACAGUUGCUUGUCCCAUGGAUCAAUUGAAGGACAAAGAAACAUCUCUUGUUGCUACCUUUCCAAGUUCAGCAACAGGACUAGAAGUCACAAGUAUAGAAACAUGUGAAGGGGAAGUUGCAGGAAGGGCGAAAUGUGACGGUGAUUUCGAAACAGGGGCCCAUUGGACAGACGUCCGUGUUUUUAAAACAUGCAAUAAUAAUGGGGAUGAUGAUAGUGAAAACACGGAUUCGUCCUCAGAGGAACAAGACGAUGCCACUGUCAUGGGUCAUAUAAGUAGGGAAAGGAGACUAAAAGAGCUAGCGGAGGUUGAUGUCGAAGAUAACAAUGCAGAAACAGUGAUGGAAGAAACGGCAGAGAUAAUAGAAAAUGCCCAAGAAAUAACCGCCGAGUAUAUCGACUACAUAGCUGAAAUUGUUGAUAAAACUUCAGAAGUAACGCAAGCAACAAAAAUGACAAGUGAAAAUAUUGUUAAGACUGUUGAUAGAAUAUUAGAUAUUGAUGAUGACGAGAUAAAGAAAUCGACGAAGGCCAACAGUAUUAUAAAAAGUCUGGAAAAAGUGGCCGGAAAAAUGAAUCUUGACGUAAACGGACAGUUCAGAAUAGUUACUCCAAAUGUUGCGUUAGAAGUGUGGGACUUGAAGUAUCAGAGCCUUCCAAUAAUAGGAUUAGCUGCUAGAGAAGAUCAAAAGAAAAAAGAAUUCGACGAGAGUCAAAUCAUAACUUUGUAUAACAGAUCUCAAAUUUACUUCGAUGACCUAAAUGCCGCCAUUGAAUUACCACCGGAACUUGUUGAGGAAGUGAUGACAGAACAGGAAUCUCGUUUGUACAUGAUGGUGUACAGACAUGGCCGUUUGUUCCAAACAAUGACAGAAGCACAAGUAAACCUAGAACAAAACAGAGAAGCACAGUUUGUUGAUGACAGUGGCACUUUAAACUCCUUUGUUAUAUCAGCUAGUAUUGGUGGAAAGAAAAUUGAAAAUUUAAAGAACCAUGUGAAAACCAUUUUCAAACCUCUCAAGGACGUUAAAGGAAAAGAAAAGACAUGUGCCCACUGGGAUUUUACAUUGAAUAACAACCGUGGAGGAUGGUCAGCCAAAGGAUGUGUUUAUAACGGAACUGUAAAUGGGAGAGAUAUAUGUCUAUGUAAUCAUUUGACCAACUUUGCAGUUCUAAUUGACUUUUAUGGUCAAGCAGAGCCUAUACCAGAACACCAUGAGAUAUCUCUCAGUAUUAUCUCAUUGAUUGGUUUAAGUUUGUCUAUCUUAGGACUGUCACUUACUAUCAUCUCAUACGCCUUUUUCAGGAAGUUACGAAGAGGACGUGCACAGCAGACAUUAUUUAACUUGGCCCUUUCGAUGUUGUGUUCUUGGGUUGUAUUUCUAACUGGUAUUCGACAGACCCAUAGUUUCUAUGGCUGUAUUGUAGUUGCCGUCUUACUGCAUUACUUUAUUUUAUCAUCGUUUAUGUGGAUGUUGAUGGAGGCAUUUUUACAGUAUCUUACAUUUGUGAAAGUUCUCGGAACUUAUGUCACUAGAUAUAGACUGAAGACAGUCCUUGUAGCAUGGGGUCUACCAUUAGUUCCAGUUGUAUCUGUUUUAAGUAUAGACUACACUCUAUACUCUGGUGGAAGUAGAUAUUGCUGGAUGUCUCUAACAGCUUUCUAUUACUCAUUUGCAAUUCCUGUUGGGUUAAUUAUACUAUGUAACCUGACAGUAUUCGUGGUAACAGUCAUUAGUAUAUGUAGGAGACCAACUGGUUUACGGACCAACCAGUCGAAAUCAAAGAUGGCAAUGGCCAAUUUGCAGGCUGCUAUAACAAGUUUUGUUUUGCUCGGACUUACAUGGUUUCUUGGUUAUCUAGCAAUAUCAGAUGCUCGACUACCAUUUCAGUAUGCCUUUACUAUCCUGAAUUCAUUACAAGGAUUUUUCAUAUUCAUCCUAUUUGUCUUACGAAAGAAACGUGUGCGAGACCAAUGGCUAAUUUUGUGUUGCUGUAAGGUUCCAGAACAAGAGAAAGCAUUACGAUCAUUGUCGGCAUCAGGUUCGAUUCCAAGUACCGGAAGUGGAAGGAGUAGCUAUAGCGGAAGGAGUGAAAGAUCAGACAGCACAAGAACAACAACAAGUUUUGUUAACGAUUCAUAUGACUCUUUAUUUUUCCCAUUCAAGUCAUCAAGACCAACUCUUUACUACAGAGAAAAGUCGAACAGUAUAACAAGUGAAUAAUAUGCGUUUACAUUUGCUUCUAAGUACGCAUGUGCGCUUGUUAUUGUAUAGUGUUCAGGGGCGGAUCCAAGAUUAUUUAAAGGAGGUUCGUUAUUCUAGAAAAGAAAUGGAAAAUGCCAAGCGGAGCGUGGUGAAAAAAUUUAAGACAUUAUCUUGCUUAACAAUCAUAUUAAACAUGAGAUAGUUUAUUUUUUAGCGAUCAAAAAUAGUAAGCACUAUAUGCCCUAUUCUGGAUCCGCCACUGAAGUUAGUUAUGUUUUGAAAGCUGGCAUGGUAGGUUAAAGCUAUGCUUAGAAACGUGUUUAUCAGGGUCAAACAUGUGAUAGGAGAGUGAUACUGUUACAGAAUAUAUCACAUAGUCAAGUUUUCUUAUUUUUGUCCUACUUUGUAUGUGUAAGAAAAAGUAAAAAAAAACCAUAUGUAACCACUGUCUCUUGUGAUGAUGUAUUAUUAUUGGUACACUUUGUGUAUAUAUAAACUAUUAUAAACUUUUAGUGCUAAUAUAUUUUGAUAUAUACAUCACAUGAUAUUGUCUCAUGAUGAAGAGUCGUCUCGUGUGGUCUCAUGAAUAUUAAAUUGCACUAUGUUAAAAUACAGUUGUCUCCCUGUAAAUAUAAAAGUUGUCUCCCUUUGACUUAUUUAAAUAUUAUGUUAUUGUGAGAUAAGAAAAUUAAGACUGUUUAUACCAGCAUUCUUAUAUCAGUUUGGAUAACAAUUUAUAAUGAAAUUUAUUUAUUAUUUUAUUACCCUUGUAGUUGUGAAUGUGAAAUAAAAAUAAAAUUACAAAAUUU